AUGACCAAGUGUUCUGGAUGUAAAUCAAACGUGCUCGUUACGCAAAAACGAAUAACGUGUUGCAAUGUUAGUUGUCAUCGCAUAUAUCAUAAUGAAUGUGUUGAUUAUACCGAGGUUGUUUCACGUUCCUCGUGGAUUUGUCCUGUAUGUAUUAUGAAUCGUAAAAAAGGCGACAAUACAAAUACACCGGUCACUACACAAUAUCGAAUACAAAAAGAUACAAUAACUCCAAAUUCAACACCACCAACUGAGAUCUCUAAUUAUGACCCUAUCAUUGCUGAAAUUCGUAGCCUGCGCGCCGACAUGAAUGUGAAGUUUGAAGAACAGCAAUCAUCUUUAAAUGAUUUUAAUGUCACGUUAACAAAUAUGCGACAAGAUAUUAAGGAACUUGGCACUAAGUUCUCACUUAUGCGCACGGAGCUAGAUGAAGUAAUUAAUUCUUUAAAGUUUCUUUCCGAUUUUCAUGAUGAGCAAGUAAAGUUAAAUGAUGAAAAUAGCAGUAAAAUUACUAAGCUACUUGCGGAAAAUGUAAAAUUACAAUCGGAGGUAUCGGAUAUAACUACCAAAAUAACAGUUUUGGAACAAUACAGCCGGGAUUCAAACUUGGAGAUCCAAUGCGUACCCGAACACAAAUCUGAGAAUUUGAUUUCAAUAAUACGUCAAAUUGCAAAAACAGUUUCCUACGAGUUGUCUGAUGACGUAAUUAUGAACUUCCAUAGAGUGGCCAAACUGACAAAUGAGACGAAUAGACCCCGUAACAUAGUGGUUAAGUUGUCAAGCCCUCGUAUUCGGGACGGAUUUUUGGCAGCCGUAAAAGUAUUUAACAAAAAAAAUGCGGAAGACAAACUUAAUACGUCUCAUUUAGGACUCGCUGGGAAAAAGCAGCCCAUAUUUGUACAAGAGCAUCUGUCGCCAACGAACAAGAAACUUCAUGCGGCUACAAGGAUAACUGCUAAACAGAAAAAUUAUCAGUUUGUUUGGGUCCGUAAUGGGCAUAUUUUUAUACGUAAAGAUAUCAAGUCACCUCCUAAAUUAAUUAAAGAUCUAGGUAGUUUAAGCUCGUUAUAA